CGAUCCUUCUAUUGUUGAGGCAAAAUUUUGCCACACUCCAUCUCAUAUGUUUUGUGACACAUUUCAUGGUGCAUUUUGCACGCACCUGUUAACCGAUAUUUUUUCACGAAAAACUUAUUUUACUGUUUAAGCAAUAAAUGAAGUGAAUAGUGACAUUAAUUCACACAAUGUCAAAGUGCCUUUAAAUAUAUUUAUAAAUUAAUCUGAAUUUACGAGUCAUAUUUUUUUAGAGACACUUUUAUCAAUGAGGGAUUACUCAGAGUAAGAUUCACGCGGAGUAACCAUUUGCUCAUUAACAUCAACCAUUAGUAGAAAACUGGAGAAAGAAGUGCGAAGGUUCUAAAAAAAGUUGACAUGAACAUAUAGGUUAAAUAGAUAAGGCUGCGGAUAAUACGAAUAGCUUCACGUUCAAAUGGAGAGUAAAGUGAUGGUUUGGAGCACGUUGAGUGGAUAAUGUUCAUCUUCCUGUGGUAUGCUCAACGUCACGAAACUGUCACACGUAAUCAUCAUCUCAUGUAUUUGCGUAUUGUGUUUCAAGUCCGACAAAGUAAUACCGUGAACUUUCUUGUCGAUUUCCCAACGUCCAUCUUGUGUAUUACCUCGAUAUGCUUAUAUCGCAAAUAAAACGCAAAACAAAUCGUGAACAUGUUAGUGUAAAUUAUAUAUUUUACCUUUGUAGCGUUGUCGCUCAUGAUUUGACUGCAACACGCCAUACCUGUCUACAGCCGCGAGAGUAAAAGGGUGUGAAUUGAUAUUAAAUGUAGAGUAAUUUUUCAUCAUAGCCGACAUUAACGUAAUUAGCGUUUCAACGACCAUCGGCCGGCAGUGCUGACAUACUUCUCAUCACUCUGAUAAAUCUGUGUUGCCAAUAUCUUGCUUAGCUGCAUAGUCUACUUAAGAUUGCACUCCAGAAUAUCCUUCUUGAAGAAAAUUUUAUUGAAAAUCAUAUUUUAUUGAAAAUAUUUUACUUUGAAAAUAACAUAUCACAGAUACUGUGCAUUUGUAUAAGUUUUGGAAUGCAUUUGGAAUCGAGACGAAUAUUGUCGCGAACCAAUUUACAUCGCUAACUUCAUGUCGUAUUGAACGCAUUUUGUUAAGUAUCUCGGUGUUAUGCGCAGUCUAUAACCCUCUCAGUAAGACUUAAUUUUACGUUCAUUUUCCCGAUUCAUUCGAGCUUACAAAUGAAAUAUUAGGAUAUAUACUCCUAUUGCACUCGUGUGAUUCUUUCGAUGCUGUAUGGCCUACAUGAAGAAACGUAGUUUACAAUGCAUAUAAGACUUUACAUAUUGCAAAUAUUAUUAAUUUUGUAUAUUUUCCAAAACGAAUGCAUUGCAAUGAAAUGUUAUCAGUGCAACAGCAAAAAGGACCAGAAUUGCACUCUUAACAAAGUGCACUUUAAAUACCUGAAAUUGUGCCCAUCGGGUCAUCUCUAUUGUCGCAAAGCUGUUUAUGUGUUCCGUACAAUUCUUCGCAGAUUACUUUAUGGAUUCGCAUAAUGACCUAACAAUGCGCGAAUGCGCGAAAUCGCGCAACAGCCAAAAGGAGUGCUAUCGGGGACGCUAUAGCCGAGAUAGUUAUCAACUUGUCUGCGAAUGUGUGGGUUACGGCUGCAAUCGAUCUCAACGAUGCUCACUCAGCCACGCCGUCUACUUUCUGUGUACGCUCUCCGUGAUUGUCGAUUACUAUAUUACCAGGCGAUGCGAUUGAAAUUGAUCGAUCGAUGGAGCGAGCGAGUGUAAAUUCUGGUAUAGGCGUAACAUCAUACAGCAAAAAAAACGUAGACAAAGAGUACAACCAGAUGAUCACGACGAGUGAUUUUUCGAGCGCAGGACAUAAAAAACAGUAUAAAGGAAAAAUUAGGAAAAAUUUAGUGGAGAAGAAAAAACAGAAAAUACUCUCCUGAUCUCUCUUUAUCUGUGAGAUUUUUUUCGUAAUAGCUAAGUUGAAAGUCGACGGCUACGUAAACGGCGUCACUGGCGUCAACGCGACGCGGCGUGGCGCGACGUUACGACACUCCGACAGGCGCCGCGGCGCCGACCCGCGCUACAUUGGCCAUCUCUCCCCUUUUUCUCGUCCUCCCUAGUCUAACCCCAACUUAUCGUGUGCCUCAUUGAACGCGUACAAUGCAUCCAGUUUCGAUUAAUGACUACUUUCGAGAAUUGCGAAUUCACGAUUGCUAUGCCUUGCGUUAACUCAUUAUGCGUUUGACAUCGACAUUUUGGCUUUUCAUCUGCAGCGCAACUUUUCAAUGCCACUGUAUUAUAAAAAUACUUAGUAAAUUACGUGGAAAACAUAUUUGGAAUACUUAGUAAAUUAAAUCGAAUUCAUCAUUAAUAUUGUUCUAAAUGACACGAUGGAAACACGAAAGCUUACUCAAUCUCUUAGGAUAGUUGUUUAGGUAUUAUUCAAACAAUUUAGUCCAAUAUAUGAUUGUAGGCGACCAUCGUCAAACGUGGAUUUCAUUAACAAUAAUUGAUACAAUUUUGUCGUGAAUCAAACAAAAUUGGCGCAGGGAAAAACGUCCUAUGAACCACAAUCCUGGAGGAAGCCAGGAAGCAGACUCUAUCUACCAGGAAGCCGUAAUUUGCGCGUUACGGAAAAGCUUGCUGGACGAUAGAGGAUAAAAUGUCAAGGGAAACAGGGGGUAGGAGAAGACUGAGAGCGGGGGCUAAUGCAGCGUGGAGAACGAAAAGCUCCCGCGGAGGUUCGCGCAUACUCGCGAUCAAACUGUCUACAGCACUACAACUCUCUUUCGUCGUGCGUUAUCUUCUAACUGCGCAAGUUACGUUUCUAUCAUCGAGGGCAAAAAUUGUUCUAUCAAAGAAGCGGAAUGUAUCGAAGGAUCGCAAUAUCAUUCGUCGCUUUAGCCUUUGUUGCGGUGGUUCAGUCAGACAAUGUCCUGAAGUGCUAUAUGUGCACCUCGCUAUCAGACAAAGAAUGUGGUUCCGAACUAGUGCCAAGUUCGACGGUCAAACCAAUCGAAUGCACCGUUAAUAACAUGCGGGAAUGGUACAACAAAAAAAUCAAACAGCAUAACGUCUUAGAUUCGAUCAAGUGGCUUUUUGACGUCGAGGAGAUACAACAUCAAGACACUUACCAAAGCCCCAAAAUGGCAUGCUCCAAAAUGACUCUCAAUGUUGAGAAUCAAGACGUCAUCAUAAGGACAUGCCAAACGGCUAAAACGGACAACUUUGAUCCGUGUCAAAUAAUGGAAGGAAAAUUAGACAGCCAUCAACUUGUAAAAAUGGACAAAUGCAGUCUCUGCCUUAGAGAGGCCUGCAAUAGUACGACAGUUAUGUCUCCUGACAUAUUGUAUAUUUUUUUAUCAUUCCUUGGCUCUCUCAUUUAUAUUGCUUUGUAUUUGGCGUAAUCUUUGGCCGUCUCAUACGAUCCAGAAGGACGUAAUAUAUAAUAUAUAUAUACACACACACAUAUAUAUAAUAGAUAAUAGUAUUCGGCGUCACUUUAUAUACUCUUUUUAUAAUUGUAAAGUUAGCUUUCUAAAUAAUUAAUACGUAGCAACGCCAAUGAGAAACAAAUAUAUGAUAUUUACGUAUGUAUAAAAUAUACACACACACACACACACACACACACACAUAUAUAUAUAUAUAUAUAUAUAUAUAUAUAUAUCAUUUAUCAUUUUUAAUAAUAUGCUAUAGGCUGUUUGUGUUGCAGGAGUAAUUACGAUGCAUGCAUAGAUUUAUCACAAAAACGUAAAAAUAAAUAAUAUAUUUGCAUUGUGUAUAUAUAAGUAUCUGCAUAUUUCAUCGUGGUUCAUUAUGAUAAA